CUGUGUGGCUGUCAGUGGGGCGGCUCGGGGAAGCCGGGGCGGAGCCGGCGGCGGCCGGAGCUUCGGGCUACGCCUCUCGGGGCCGCUCCGCCACGCCUGUUGGCGGAAGCCGCGCUCCGCCCGGCAGGAGACGCUGUAGUCGGGGGUCGGCAGCGGCGGCAGCGGCGGCAGCGGCGGCAGCGGCAACGCCGCGCCGGCUCUCGCUUGUUCACCCGCUCGCCCGCCGGCUCUCCUCCCGCCGUAGGACUGGUGCGCUGCGCUCCAGUGGCCAUGCAGCGUCUGGCCAUGGACCUGCGGAUGUUGUCCCGGGAGCUCUCCCUCUACCUGGAGCACCAAGUCCGGGUGGGGUUCUUGGGCUCGGGGGUGGGCUUAUCCCUGAUCCUGGGCUUCAGCGUCGCUUAUGCCUGCUACUACCUGAGCAGCAUUGCCAAGAAACCCCAGUUAGUGACCGGGGGUGAGAGUUUCAGCCGCUUCCUUCAAGACCACUGUCCCGUGGUGACAGAAACGUACUACCCGACGGUUUGGUGCUGGGAGAGUCGAGGACAGACCCUGUUGAGACCUUUCAUCACUUCGAAGCCCCCGGUGCAGUACAGGAAUGAACUUAUUAAAACUGCAGAUGGAGGACAGAUUUCACUGGACUGGUUUGAUAAUGAUAACAGUAUGUGUUAUAUUGAUGCCAGCACCAGACCUACUAUCUUAUUGUUGCCUGGCCUCACUGGAACAAGCAAGGAAUCAUAUAUCCUUCAUAUGAUCCAUCUUAGUGAAGAAUUAGGAUACAGAUGUGUGGUUUUUAACAACAGAGGAGUGGCGGGGGAGAAUCUCUUGACACCAAGGACUUACUGUUGUGCUAACACUGAAGACCUGGAGACAGUUAUUCACCAUGUACACAGCCUGUACCCUUCUGCUUCUUUCCUGGCAGCAGGGGUUUCAAUGGGAGGAAUGCUGCUUCUAAAUUACCUGGGCAAAAUUGGGCCCAAAACUCCUUUGAUGGCAGCUGCAACUUUUUCCGUUGGUUGGAAUACCUUCGCUUGCUCAGAGUCACUGGAAAAACCACUGAACUGGCUGCUUUUUAAUUACUAUUUGACAACCUGCCUUCAGUCUUCAGUUAAUAAGCACCGACAUAUGUUUGUAAAACAAGUUGAUAUGGAUCAUGUCAUGAAGGCUAAAUCCAUCAGAGAGUUUGAUAAGCGAUUCACUUCAGUCAUGUUUGGAUACCGAACAAUUGAUGAUUAUUACACUGAUGCCAGUCCAAAUCGUAGACUGAAGUCAGUAGGAAUUCCAGUAUUGUGUCUUAAUUCUGUGGAUGAUGUUUUCUCACCCAGUCAUGCUAUUCCAAUAGAAACUGCUAAGCAAAACCCUAAUGUUGCUUUGGUCCUUACUUCUUAUGGAGGCCACAUUGGUUUUCUGGAGGGAAUCUGGCCAAGACAAUCCACUUACAUGGAUCGCGUCUUCAAGCAAUUUGUGCAAGCCAUGGUUGAGCAUGGACAUGAACUCUCUAACAUGUAGUUCUUUGGGUGCAUUUUGUCCGAACCACAAUUGUGAAGGCAGCUCAGCUUAGUGCACAAAUUUUAACUACUGUAUAUAAAGCAAAUAAGCCAGCAGAUGGGUGAAGAGGUCCAGAAUGAUAUGCAAAAACUACUUUUUAGAGAAACAAAACAACUUUGUAGCAACGAAUUAAAUAUAGUAUUAGAUUGUUACUUAUGUAGAUUUUAUUUUUACUAUGCCUUACCAAGUACGACCUUAAACAAAGUAGUACGUACAUGAAAUUGCACUUAACCAAAACUAUUGUGUAAAAAAAUUUUAAUUCCUCAGGGUUUUAAUUUAGACUAGUAUUUUUUUAGAUUAUUCAUUUUAGGUGAUUUAAUGGUACUUUAAUAACUGUUAAGAGAUACUGGUUAUUUGAAUGUAAGUUAUAAGUUGGUACAUUCCUAGGGGUAUUUAUAGAUAAUGAUGAUAACAUGAAAACUGAAAUCAGAUAAAAUACAAUGCGCUAAAUCUUUUAUGUAUUCUAACUUUAAAAGGCAAGUGCAACAGUGUUAGACUGACUUCUAUAUGUACUCUUUUACUCUGAUAAUAUUAAAUUAGGGCUAACUUAUGUUUUAUAAUGAUUAUAAUUUACAUGCUUAUUUUUAAAAUAGUAUAUGUGCACACAUAUAUAUCAUUAUAUUAAAAUAAAUUCUACCAUUUUAAA